UUUUUAACUCUCUUCACAGAAUAGUAAUAAUUUUACAAAAACUACCAAGCUUCAUAAAUAUAUUAGGUAAUAAUAUAUUUCCAAAACUUUUCAAAUUUUAUAGUAGUAAAAUGAAUUAUGAGACGAAUAGGCUUAAUACUUUUACAAACUGGCCUACAUCAGCUCCCGUAGAUCCUAUAAGGAUAGCUAAGGCGGGUUUUUACUACACUGGUGUGGGUACAGAGGUUCAGUGCUUUCAUUGUAGUGGAAAAAUAUCCGAGUGGAAUUACGGCGACCAGGUUAUGUGGCGUCAUCGGCAGCUAGAUCCUAAUUGCGAGUUCAUAGUGAAUCCACAGCAAUCGGGUAAUGUGCCCCUUGUGCUAGGAUCUGAGUGUCCCUCUAAUAUAGACUCUACAACGUCGUGGUCUGCUACAAAUGAUCAGCAGCCGGAUCCUAUAGAGUCAUCUCAAGAUUACGGACUGACUGAAGAGGACGAAGUUUACAAAAGUGAUGCGUUGCGACUAUUAUCAUUUGUCAAUUGGAAUGAUAAUUCAGUGUCCCGUGAAGCCUUAGUGAGUGCUGGUUUCUAUCAUGCAGGAGAAGGCAGACUCCGCUGUGCUUGGUGUGGUGGUGAAUUAGCACCAUUUAGAAGAUUGGGAACACUUGGGCCUCCACUUGAAGUGCACAGAAUGUACUUCCCUAGAUGUGAGCAUGCAGAAUCAUUAGAGGCGGCGAGGCAUGUUAACCACUUCUCGCCACCGGCGUCGCCACCGCCGCAAACACCUGUACAGUCGCCACCAGACGCCAAGGAAAACCACACUCAAUCCACCGGCGCUGAGCAUAACGCUCGUCUGCUGGAGGCGGGUGGCACGUGGAGGUCGCUGGGCGUAGUUGGCGGUGGUGCGCGGCACCCGGCUCGGGCUUCGUUGGCGGCUCGCCUCGCUACCUUCGACCGCUGGCCGUCGGACCGCACGCAAGUGCCUAUGACGCUAGCUGAGGCCGGAUUCUUCUACACUGGCACUGGUGAUCAGGUACGCUGUUUCUACUGCGACGGUGGGCUCGGCAUGUGGGAGGCCGGAGAUUCUCCAUGGUCUGAGCAUGCACACUGGUUUCCACAUUGCGGAUAUGUGCUGCUGCUAAAGGGGCAGGAAUUUGUCGACUCCUGUGUUAACCGUACCUCCAUACAGCGAACUGUAUCUGCUGAUAGUGGUUUAACUGCAAGAAGAAGAACUUCUGGUGUCACCUUCCCUAUUACUGAAAAUCAGGUAGAAGAGUGUAUGGAAAGCAGUGCAGCGAUGGCAGCGCUGAGCGCUGGAUUAGACGCGGCGCGGGUGCGGCGAGCUGUGACUCGUCGUCUGCGGGCUACAGGACUUCCAUUCAAUUCAUCGGAGGGGUUGAUUGACGCCGUACUAGAUGAGCAGCUAAAUGAAGAGGCUUGGAGCGUUUCUCCGCAGAGCCAACGGUUCGCGCGAGACAUACUCGCUGAGACGCUUAGGGAGUUUGCCCCUAUGUCAAAUAUAAUACCAACACAGUGGGAUGGUCGGCCUUCAAGUCGAGACUCCUCUACUAGUGCUACAAGAUCUGCUUCGCCGAUGGAUAACAGACCCCCAGUUGAUAACAGACCUCCAGUGGAUAAUAGACCUCCAGUGGAUAAUAGAGCUAGGCCUACUCGACAAGAAGAGUCAGAUUCCAGUAAUAAUGUAUUUACCGACUCGGCUAACAACAUUUUGAAUGAAAAAACAGAACAAAAAGCUAACAAAGAAAUAACAACGACCCCUGUACCAGAAAACAAAACAAAGUCUUUGGAAGAAGAAAAUAGGCAAUUAAAAGAAGCAAGAUUGUGUAAAGUGUGUAUGGAUAAUGAGGUGAGCGUGGUGUUCCUGCCGUGCGGGCACCUGGUGUCGUGUGCGGGGUGCGGGGCGGCGCUGGCGGCCUGUCCUCUGUGCCGCGCCGCCGUGCGGGCGCUCGUGCGGGCCUACCUCGCGUGACGCUCCCACCCCCGCAGAUCGAGAGCAUUGUAAAGAAGAUAUGCUGUUUAAAUCCAGUCUUCACAUGCAGUUCAAGUGCAUUAGCUGUCCACGUGUUGAUUAAUUAUUAGGCCAUAACCAAGUAGUGAGUUAUAUAUAUAAUAUUUACAUUACAUUAGGCCUACAUUAAAUGUAUGCUUGUAGUGUAUACGUGUAGGUAUUGGUUAGAUCGAAUUAAUCUGAUUUUGAAUGAAAAUGGACACCUACGAUUAAAUUGAUGUAUUUAUUUUUCUUUUAAUAAAAUCAGUAUCACAUCAGUAGGUCUUUUUUGAGACUACUAGUUAUUUGAUGCCUAAAUAUCAACUGCAUGCUUGUUGUAUAUUAUAUAGGUCGAUAUAUAAAGGUCCUAAGGUAAAUUAGGUUAAGUAUUGCUGAUGACAGAUUUUAUACACACAAGAAAGAAAGAAAAUUUCUGUAUUGCUCGAAAUACAUUGACACAUACAGU